AUGGCUGAGGUUUUCGAUCCUGAAGUCUUGAGGGGGUUGAAGUUAGGGUCAGCAUUGGAGGAGAAGGGAGUGACUCUUGAUCCUUUUGAUGUCAAAAGCGGUUUGUUACUACGACCGUUGAAAUCAACGGAUUUGGGUAUGGAUUCUUUCCUUCAUAUUUCUUCAGAUUACCUGCGUCUUUUAAAGCAGCUAACAGUUGUUGGAAACGUGUCCCCAGAUGCACUUGAAGGUCGCUGCAAGGAGUUUUUUUCACGCCCAAAUACGUACUUCAUAGUUGUUUUAGAGGACCUUCAGACCCAUAGAAUUGUUGGAUGUGCCACCUUGCUGGUCGAAUUAAAAGUAAUCCAUGGACUUUCCAAACGUGGUCACAUUGAGGACGUCGUCGUGGAUGAGGCAUUCCGUGGUAAAGGUUUGGGGCAAUUAUUAAUUACCGUACUCGUCGAAAUUGGGCGGGCUCAAGGCUGCUACAAAAUAUCCCUCGACUGUGACCAUGAUAAGGUCGCUUUUUAUGGAAAAAAAGGUUUUAAACAGGAAACUGUCUCAAUGUGUCUCCGCCUACAUGAUUAA